AUGUCGGGUGGGCUAGAAAUGUUCAUUUCCCACGCUAAGCCAGUGAUCGAAAGCCGAGCGAAAGAUCUUCAAGAAAUAAGCUUAAAGAUAUGGGAAAAACCCGAGUUGGGCUACGAAGAGCAUUUCGCCCAUGGAAUUUUGAGCGACUAUUUUACGGAGCAGGGCUUUGAUGUAACGAAACACUACACUUUGCCGACCGCGUUUAGAGCAGAGUUCGGUGACAAAGACUCAGGCCCAACAGUUGGUGUGCUUUGCGAAUACGACGCAUUGCCCGGAGUUGGUCACGGAUGCGGCCAUAACUUGAUCGCCAUUGCUGGUGUUGCUGUGGCCGUAGGGUUAAAGUCCGCUAUAGAAGCAGGUCUUAAGGCUAGAGUGGUGGCUAUGGGAACGCCUGCGGAGGAAGGAGGCGGGGGAAAAAUUGAAAUGAUCAACCACGGUUGCUUUAAAGACGUGGAUUUUUGCGUAAUGUUACACCCCGCCCCAUUUAAUGCUGCCUUUUAUGUCUCUCAAGCUCUUGAAAAAGUUAAAGUUGUCUACAAGGGGCAUGCUGCUCAUGCUGCAGCAUUCCCGUGGGAGGGUUGCAAUGCACUUGACGCUGCUGUCAUGGCUUACAGUUCCAUAAGCAUGCUGCGACAACAGAUGAAACCAACCUGGCGAGUUCAUGGUGUCAUCACUGAUGGUGGAGUAAAACCAAACAUCAUACCUGAACAGUCAAAACUAGACUUUUGGGUACGUACUGUUAAAAACAAAGAAUGUGCUGUUCUCAAGUCUAAGGUUCAUGCAUGCUUUGAGGCAGCUGCAAAGGCUACUAACUGUACAGUAGACGUUCAGUGGGAUAGUACUCCCCAUGCUGGGGUGCUAUCAAACACCAAACUUGCUCUACUGUAUCAGAAAUAUGCUGAAAGAAUGGGCAUGGUGUUUCCAUCACAAGCAGAACAAGAGAGUAUCGUAGAUGGAUCCACUGACUUUGGAAAUGUUUCUAUGAUAGUUCCUGGGUUGCAUCCAUUUUAUUGCAUAAAAAAAUCUGUUCCUUACCACUCACAUGCCUUCCGAGAGGUAUCAGGUACACAGGGUGCCCAUGAUCAAACCAUUGUUGCUGCUAAAGCCCUGUGCUUUGCAGCUAUUGAGGUCCUAAGUGAUUCCUCUUUACUGAUGCAAGUAAAAGAAGAGUUCUCUAAAACUGUUCAAGAUGCAUAG